UGAAAGAUUAUUUUAGUUUAACCAGAAAUCUUGAGUUCAACUAUUUAGUGCCUUAAAUGCUAAGAGGAAAAAUUUUGUGGUACAUAAUACUCUUUUUUUUAGUUCAACUAUUGGGUGUUCUCGGCCUAAAUGUGAAUACGGCGCUGCCGACCUCUAGGGAUCUAGUACGGUUUCGGAUCUCGGCAAGGUAUGGUCGGCCUUAGCCGCUAUGGGUGUGCUGUGGUCGCGGUUUAUCUGAGCUUGGGUCGGUCGGGUCGGAUGCUCGGGAAGUAACCCCCGUGUGGAGCAUCGGAUUGGUUGAAACUUGCCGAGACCCCUCAUGGCGUGUUGCCUUUGGACGAUCACUAAGAGAUGAUGUCCUCGGCAGGAUGGGGGUCGUAUGUGCCGAGGCCUUGGGUGACUAUCCGAUGACUAUGUGCUCGUCCUCUGGGUGGGGCCUAUGCCGAGACCUCAGUGGUGUAACCUGCCACGCUGGCCCUAGCGGUUAAAAGCCCAACGACUAUUUAAUCUGGACCGUUGGAUGGUCUAUAGAUCGAACGGUUGCGGUUUCGGGGCGUCUUUUCACCUCCCCCAUUUGCCUUGCCUAUAAAUAGGGGGUGUGGGAAUUUACUCGCUGUAAAUUUCCCGAGAGCUCUCGAAUUCAAAAUUGUCCGAGCUUACCGAUCAAAGGUAAAAUUUUGUAUUCUUUAUUUUCUGGUAAUAAAUGGAUAAAGGUUACUCCUCGGCUACGAGCUGGACGUCGUCGGCGACGUCGGAUGCUUCGCCAGAGAAAGAGGGGUCGGGUUCAAGUGAAGUGUCAAGACUUCCUUCUUUGCAGUGCGAGGUGGUUUUCCCCUCGGAUUUUUCCGAGUAGGAGGAUAGUGGAGACGAGGUGGUAGAGGUGUCGCCCUCGGUGACCUUAGUCGUGGCUUCGGCACGAGCGACCGAGGAGGCCGUGCACGCCGACGCGAGUAGGGACGAUUUGGAGGUACUCGACAAUGCCCGAGGCAAGGUUGUUGGUGGUCCGAGCACUCAAGCGAAGGUGAAGAUUGAUUAUGGCACGGUUGAGAUGCCUUGGUACGAGUGGGUGGACGGGGAGGUCGACAUCUACUUCUCGUUGUUCUCCGACCAAGGGUUACUUGACAAGUUUGUAACCUUGGAAAAGUGCUUCGGCAGUGGGGAGGAUGAGUUGCCUUUGGUCGCUGAGGCAUGUGACGAUGAUGGACCGGACACCGAUUUCGUGUUUUUGGGACCGGGGUCGGCAGGAGAAGAUUACAUCUAUGCCUACAUGUGCUGGUUUCAGGAUCUCGGCAUAAAGCAGCCCUUUGACGAUUUUCAAAUGGGGGUGCUCCGAGUGCUGAACGUGGCGCCGAACCAGCUGCAUUCGAACGCUUGGGCGGCCAUGCAAGCGUUCCGGAACCUAUGCCUCUGUCUAGGCCUUAUGCCCCGACCACUCGCGUUUCUGUAUUACAAUAUCUGCCGUCCGAGCAAACCGGUUAAGUGGGUUUCAUUAGCUCGGGUGCCGAAGCGGGGGUUCUUGAGGGCGUUUACAUCGUCAUAUAAAGGUUUUAAGAGUGGGUUUUUCAAAAUCCGUUAAGGGCCAGAUAUGGACAAUUGCUUCUAUGACCGAGAAGGGUCUAAGUUGUUCCCCUUCUACUGGAUGAAGCAUCCGGCGCGUUUUGAAGCGAUGGACGUGUCGAAGCUCCCUGCCGAGGACCGAGAGGUCGUGGAUCUGCUCGACCAAUUACUGAAGGGGUUGCCUAUCCGAGGACUCCUAGACAUAUUUGAUUCUUCAAAUUUUGAGCUUACUUCGUUAGGAUUAAUGGCCGGCCACGACUUAGAUGUGACUGCUAUGCUUGCCAACCGAGCAAAAGCUACGCGAGCAAGCGGGAAAGUGCCGCCGGCUAGGUCGGCGCUAAAGAUUCUGAGGGAGAAGCCCUCAAAUGUCCUAGUUCCUCUGCCUGACGCCAAAAAGAAGACUGGGACAGCUCGGAUGCGCCCAGCCGAUCAAAACGUGGAAUCGGACCGCCCGAGCUCAUCCACCAAGCGCCAAAAGCAACCGACUUUGGAGCAGUCGGGUUGUGGUGCUUUUGCCAUCCCGGCAGUCGUGGCCGGGUCGAACUUCCUCGUGCCAAGUGUCCAGACCGAGAACCUUGUUAGCCUAGACCUCACUUCGGGUGGCGGGCUUCAGUAUUUGGAAGGGAUGUCGGCAGGGGCCGAGUACAAGCUUUUCUGUGAGCUUGAUGCUCGGACCUCUCUAAUUACCAAGCACGUGAUGAUGAGGUCCGCUGUCUCGAAGGAAAGGCUCCAGGGGCGGCUUAAGGAGGCCGAUGCGAUGUUGAAGGAGGUCUUAAGUGCCAAUGCCAAAGCUACCGAGUCGGCCGAGGAGUUGAAGAGGGCAGCCGACGCCCAUAGAUGGGAGGCCGACGACUUAAAGUUGACGGUGCAGAAAAUGAAGGCCGAGGCCGCCACUGCCGCCGGGGAGAUUGCUCGGGUGAACGAGGCCGCUGCCAAGUUCAAGGCCGAAGCCACCGAGAAGAUUCUUGAUCAGCAUGAUGCCGGCUUCCAACAUGCUAUUCGACAGGCUUUCUACUUCUGUGAGGUCCCGACUAACUUUAAUUUUGAUGUUAGUCGAGAUUUCUACGGUUGCAAGUUUAUAAGCUACGCCGAGUUCCCACAAGGGGCCCAGCCUAACGAAGAGGCCCCUCGCCGAGGCAUUUCAACUCAGACCGCAGCGCCGUCGGCCAGGGAGGAGGAACCGAUCAUUGAUGUGGUCGGCGAUGGGAACCCAGAGGACUAGGCCAUAGUAUAGGAUGUCGGCUCUGGUGGUAGUAGUAGGUUAGGGUUGGGAUUUUUUGUUUGAUUUCUUGUAACCGGGCCAUUAGUGCUUUUUUGUAAUCGGCCAUUGGUGUCGGUGGACAAAGAUGAUGAUUUUUUGUGUAAGUAGUCGUACUAAU